AUGUUGCCAUCGUCUGAUUGCAAAAUGAUUGCACUUCCUCGCGCUGGUACAACGAAUUGGUGGGCUGAUUUAUGGCUUAAUGAAGGAUUUGUCUCAUGGAUUGAAUAUUUAGAUGUUGAUAAAUUUUAUCCAGAAUUUGAUAUUUGGACACAAUUUAUUGCUGAUACAUUUGCAUCAUUUCUUAUACCUGAUGCAUUAAAAUCAUCACAUUCAAUUGAAGUACCUAUUGGACAUCCUACUGAAAUUGAGGAAAUAUUUGAUGAAAGUUCAUAUUCAAAAGGUUCUUCCAUAAUUCGUAUGUUACAUGAUUAUAUUGGCGAUGAUGCUUUUCGAAAAGGUCUUCAUAAUUAUUUAAAAGAAUAUAGUUAUAAAAAAUAUAAUUACGCACUUUUAAGUGAAGCAAUAGCUAAUAAAAUACUUAGUCCACAAGAUCGUCUUAUGAUUCAAGAUGAUGUUGCUGCUUUAUGUAAUGCUGGUCAUUAA